CGAGAGCCAGGAGCCAAAAAAGUCGGUGUUUCUACCGGAGGAGGAGAAAAAUAAAUGAUGCAGAAUCCGUGAAUCGUGCACCGUCCACACCUCCGCGCGGUGCAUCGAUCUCCCCCGCGCGGUGCAUCGAUCUCCCCCGCGGGCACAGAGGCCGAUCGAGGGUGAGACCUCAUUGGCUGGUGUGACCCCCGCAGGCCCGCCUCCUUCCAAGGUGGGCCCUGAUUGGCUGGACCGGCACCGGGGAGAAAAUGGCCGCCCUCAGCUGAAGAGAUAAGCACCGCUGUUUUACGCCUCCCUGACUGUUCAUUGCUUCUGUUGUGAACCGAGAUUCUCCGACCGAUUUGCGUCAGAGUACUAUGGCAAUGCAUGAUAUGAGUCGAGCCAAGGGAUUCCCCUGUAAAGAGUGUGAUAUGGUGUGUCCGAGUACUCCAAGUCUUCUAGAACAUAUGAAAGCACAUUAUCAGCAGGAAGAAAACGGUCGCUUCGAGUGUGAACAGUGUGGCAGAAUUUACAAGCACGCAGCCAGCUUAGCCAAUCACAAGAAGUCUCACGAGGUGGGUUCGUUCCAGUGCCCCGUGUGCACCCGCACCCUCCCCAACGCCGUGGCCUUGAAGAACCACCUCCGCAUCCACACCUUGUCCCCCAGCAGCGCCCACGCAGAAGAAGAGAGCGAAGAGGUUCCCGAAGAAGCGGGCCACGACGAGAGGGACUACGGCCUCGCCCAGGACCUCUCCGAAGGGUUUGGGCGCCCUCAUUUGAAUAAUAGUGGCAUGGGCCACAGUGUCCUCCAAAGCCACGAGACAGACAACCACGGGAAAAAAGGCUCCCCCGAAUCCGACGACGCCUGGGACCGACCCUUCAAGUGUGACCAGUGCGACCGGACCUACCGGCACCACGGCAGCCUGGUGAACCACAAGAAGUGUCACCAGCAAGGAACUUUCAAGUGCUCAGUUUGUUUUAAACAAUUCAGCAACCUGGCGGCCUUAAACAGCCACGAGAGGACUCACUCCAAGUUCAAGACCCCCGGGGCGACCAUGGUGAGCAGCGGCAGCCUCCACGGCCCGGAGCGCGGCGGCGGCACGCAGUCGUCUCAGAGCGACGACGCCGCCUCGUGCUUCUGCCACCUGUGCCAGAUCGCGCUGCCAAACAAGACAGACUUUCAGGAGCACAUCCUGCUGCACAACGCGGCCUCGCCGUCCCUCGGGCUGCCGCGCAGCUUCCCGGGCAUCAUGCCCCACAACCUGAGCGCGGUGCGAGCCGCGGUGUACCCCCCCGUCCUGGGGGACCCUCUGCCGCCUCUGCCCAGUGACAAGAGAGGGCCCUAUGACCCCAUAAUGGGCCCUCCGGUCAACAAUCCCAUCUACACAUGCGCAUACUGUGGCGCGGGACACCCAGAUCUGGAGACCUUGAAAGUCCACUAUCUGACCCACGACCCCCACCCGGGCUCCCACGGCCAGGACGGUUCCCUCCUGAACUCGGACACGCUCAGCUCCGGUUCUCAGGGCUCGGUGUCGUCCCCCUCUGGAGGCCGCGUGCCUCAGGCCAACUCUCCGGACAAUGGAGAGCGCCGCUUUAAGUGCGGGGAAUGUGGCAAGAGCUAUCGGCACGCGGGAAGCCUGGUCAACCACAAGCGCUGCCACCAGACGGGCCACUACCAGUGCACCGUCUGCUGUAAGCAGUACCCUCACCUGGCGGCGCUGCACAGCCACCUCCGGAGUCACAAGGGGCGCGGCUCCAACCAGCCGAUCAAUAACGACAGCAACGACUGGCUGUCCCCGGAGCCGCUGACUCUGGAGUCCCAGCAGAGCUACGUCCAGGAGGGCAGCGGCGCCACCACUCCGAUCUCCCUGCCGGGGAACCUCGGGGACGCCGCCCACUUCGUACCGGACGGCGGCCACAGCAGCGGGCUGGACUCCCUCGAGUUCCACGACCGCUUCGACGGCAGCUCGCUUUCCCAGAGCAACUCCGCCCACCGGCAGGCCGACAGACACGUGUGCGCCGACUGCGGCGAGAUGUACGGCGACGUGUCCGGCAUCAAGUCGCACAUGUGCCCCCGCCGUGGCCAACAGCCGCAGCAGAGCACCAUGGCGAACGGCUUCAUGGGGAGCAUGAACUACCACAGCACCAGUGGAACCUCGCUGCCCACCGGGAGCUCCAGCAGCCUGAAGGAGGGCGGCGGCCAGCGGCAGUACUCCCAGAGCGGAGGCAAGAGGAUGGGGAGCAACGAGAAGGACGACGAGGACGACGGGGAGGUGUAUCAGUGCUCGGUGUGCGGCAACCACUACGCCAGCCUCCGGGCCCUCAGGAGCCACCUGCGUAGCCAUGCCAACAACCCCACGGGGCCCGGACCUUCCGCCCUUGAGCAGGAGUGGAGGAUGAUAUGCUCCACCUGUGGCCAGAGCUUCUCCAGGAAGCAGGACCUACUGAACCACCAGUUAGUCCACGGCCCCCAGAGGCCGGACGGCCAGCAACAGGGCGUCGUGGGCAGCGCCGCCAACGGCAACGACAAGAUGGACGGACGCAACCACAUCUGUGUCGACUGCGGCAUGUUUUUUGCUGACCGCCACCACCUGAUCACCCACCUGUGCCCGGGCAAGAACCGGGCCAGCUCCCUGAGCAAGCAGGGCCUGAACGGGGCCAAGGGCAUGUCCGGAGGAGACGGCAACGGCGUCGCCGGAGGAAGCCGUGAUGUGGGCGGCGAUGGACGCAGGCCGCUGGUGGACCAAAGUGACAAACCCCACAAGUGUGACCAAUGUGGGCGAGGAUACAGGCACCCCUGCUCCCUCCUCAACCACAAGAAGUCCCAUAAGACGGGAGUGUUCCGCUGCUUGGUGUGUCAGAAGCGCUACUACAAUUUGUUGGCGCUCAAGAACCACCAAAGGACCCACUUUGACCUCAAGAGGCACAAGUGUGAGGAAUGCGGCAAGGCUUUCAAGAUCCAGAAGCAACUGAUCAACCACCUCCGUCUCCACGAGGAGCACCGGGCCAAAGGCCUCGUUCGGACCGGCGGCAACGCGUCCCGCUUCCAGCAGGCCGGCCCGUCUCAGAUGCAGAGCAUGAGGGGCGAGUCGUCCAAGGGCCCGGCGGGGGCCGUGAAGUACAGCCACCAGGGCUUCAAGAAGCCCUACUCGUCCGCGGGGACCUCCAGGCCCCAGAAGUUUGACCCCACCGAGACCGGCCGGCGGCCUUUCGCCUGCGAGGAAUGCGGCAAGACGUACCGGCACGCGGGCAGCCUGGCCAACCACAAGAACCUCCACAAGAUCGGGGAGUACCACUGCAACGUCUGCAACUCCACGUACCCCAACCGGCUGGCCAUGAAGAACCACCUGCGGCUGCACUUCGCCCAGAAGAAGCACAACUGCCAAGAAUGUGGCAAAGGCUUCCGCACCCAGAGGCAGCUGGCCACCCACACCACGGCCGGCCUGUGCAAGGGGCCCCAGGGCCCCGGGGUCCAGAUGGACUUUGAGUGCGACGGCUGCUGCGAAGGUUUCACCACGGCGGACGAGCUAGCGGCCCACGACUGCCCGGCCCAGCACCUCCCCUCGUCCUCCUCCACCAGCAGCUCCGCCAACAUCAGCCUGGAGAGGAGCUCGGUGGAGCUGGACUCGGACGAGCGGCCCUACGCCUGCGACCUGUGCAGCUGCGCCUACAAGCACGCCAGCUCCCUGCUGAACCACAAGCACACCCACAAGACGGGCAACUUCCGCUGCAACUUCUGCGACAAGCCAUACACCAACUACAUGGCGCUGCGCAACCACAUGCGCAUCCACACGCAGCGCAAGAAGCACAUCUGCCACAUCUGCGGCAAGGCCUUCCGGCUGGCCCGGUUCCUCCGGAACCACCAGAAGGUGCACGAGGAGGGCGCCACCCCCUUCGGCUGCCCCACCUGCGGGAAGAGCUUCCAAGGGAGGUCCGGCCUCGCCAGGCACCGCUGCGGGGACAACCAGGUAGGCAUGGAAGUGAGGAGGAAGCCAGCGGCAGCCGCGGGGGAGAGCGACGAGUGUCGGUACACAUGUGAUCAGUGUGGUCGGUCGUACCGCCACGCCAGCUCCCUCCUCAACCACAAGAACACUCACACCGUCGGCAUCUACCACUGCGCCGUGUGCCUCAAGACCUACUCCAACCUGCUCGCCCUGAAGAACCACCGCCGCAUCCACUCAGAGACGCGGCGCCACCGCUGCCACGACUGCGGCAAGGCCUUCCGCGUCUCCUCCCAGCUCCACAACCACCGCCGCGUCCACCAGAAGCAGCGCGAGCUGACCUGCCGGUCCUGCCAGCGGACCUUCCCCACGCAGGCCAGCUUCCGGCUCCACAUGGAGAUCACCCACGGCCAGGCGCCGCAGCCUCGCCAGCCCAGACCCCAGCAGCCCCGACCGGGGGGCUCCCAGGAGCUGGGCUGGGGGUCCGGCCUGGACCUCACCCUGAUGCAAGAGCAAGGACUCAACCCGAGCGGAGUGGGCAAAGCCCGCGGCCGCCACGGCGAGGUCGCCAAGCCCCACGUGUGCGAUCAGUGCGGCCGGACGUACCGCCACGCCAGCUCCCUGCUCAACCACAAGAACAGCCACAAGACCGGGACCUACUUCUGCAACUCCUGCCAGAAGGAGUUCCCCAACCUCAUGUCCCUGAAGAACCACCGGCGGAUCCACACCGAGCCCAAGCGCUACCAGUGCCCCGACUGCGGCAAGUCCUUCCGGGUGUCCACGCAGCUCGUCUGCCACCGCCGCAUCCACACCAAGGAGAAGCCCUUCUCCUGCCAGCAGUGCGACAAGCGCUUCUCCUCCAAGUCCAACCUGAGGCACCACCUGAAGGUGCACUGGAGCGGCGCCACGCCGCCCCCCCGCAUGGCCGUGGGCGGGCCCAACUUUCUGGGUAUGCCCAGCGGCGCCUUCAUAUAGCCGGGGGGGGGGGGGUCACAUGUCAAGGUUUCUGGUAGUGACACGCUCACCCUCCUCUGCCUCACUUCUCUACUGUGUGUGUGUGUAACAGACUCACUAAGCAGGAGGGACAACACAAAAUGGACGCCACACACACACACACACUGUCUGACCUUCCUUCACGGACGCCCCCCAGGUGGUAGUCGUGUCCCAGACUGUAGACACGACAUCACUUCCUGUUGCGUGCGGCUCGUAGAGACUGAAGAGCCGCUGGUGGGCGGAGCUACUGGGAGGGUCAUUGUGUCCAUUUCAAACCCCGGGAGCUGAUUGGUGCUGCAGUGGUUUUCCCGCCUCAUCCCACUCCUGCUGUUGUGUGUGGGGAGUUUUUCUUCUCGUGGCCUUCGUCUCCACAAGUCCUACAAGAACCGUGUUUUUAAUCUGAGACGCUGGUGAAGACGAGGGAGCGUUGCUUUUGUUGUUGUCGGUGCUUCGAUAGGACGAAGCAAAGACUUGUUUAGAUGUGUGUGUUGUUGUUGUCGCCUCGUCACACACUCUUCCUCAUGUGGAGCGCCUCAUCGUCCACACGCUUCGUCCUGAGGAAGGAACCUCCUGACGUGGUCUUCAUCAGCAGGCGCAGAAGAGUCUGGUGCCCUCGAGUCAAAUGAGAACGGAAUAAUACCAUUAUUUAUCAGCCAAUAUUUAACAUUUAGGAUUGUCUUAAAGAGACAGUACCCCACUUGAUGAGCAGAGUGUCUCCACAACACUAGUUUAUAGUUUAAAACCAGUUGCCCUCCAUGUUGCCCCAUGUUGCCCCCUGUUGCCCUCCAUUUUGCCCCCCAUGUUGCCUCCUGUUGCCCUCCAUGUUGCCCCCUGUUGCCCUCCAUGUUGCCCCUGUUGCCCCCCAUGUUGCCCUCCAUGUUGCCCCCUGUGCCCUCCAUGUUGCCCUCCAUGUUGCCCCCUGUUGCCCCAUGUUGCCCUCCAUGAUGCCCAUGUUGCCCUCAAUGUUGCCCCUUGUUUGCCCCCUGUUGCCCUCCAUGUUGCCCCAUGUUGCCCUCCAUGUUGCCCCCUGUUGCCCCUUGUUGCCCUCCAUGUUGCCCCUUGUUGCCCUCCAUGUUGCCCCCAUGUUGCCCCCUGUUGCCCUCCAUGUUGCCCCUUGUUGACCUCCAUGUUGCCCCUUGUUGCCCUCCAUGUUGCCCUCCAUGUUGCCCCUUGUUGCCCUCCAUGUUGCCCCCUGUUGCCCUCCAUGUUGCCCUCCAUGUUGCCCCUUGUUGCCCUCCAUGUUGCCCUCCUUGUUGCCCUCCAUGUUGCCCCUUGUUGCCCUCCAUGUUGCCCUCCAUGUUGCCCCUUGUUGCCCUCCAUGUUGCCCCCUGUUUCCCUCCAUGUUGCCCCCUGUUGCCCUCCUUGUUGCCCUCCAUGUUGCCCCUUGUUGCCCUCCAUGUUUCCCUCCAUGUUGCCCUCCAUGUUGCCCCUUGUUGCCCUCCAUAUUGCCCCCUGUUGCCCUCCAUGUUGCCCCCUGUUGCCCUCCAUGUUGCCCCUUGUUGACCUCCAUGUUGCCCCCCAUGUUGCUCUCCAUGUUGCCCCUUGUUGCCCUCCAUGUUGCCCCCUGUUUCCCUCCAUGUUGCCCUCCUUGUUGCCCCUUGUUGCUCUCCAUGUUGCCCCUUGUUGCCCUCCAUGUUGCCCCCUGUUGCCCUCCAUGUUGCCCCUUGUUGCCCUCCAUGUUGCCCCUUGUUUCCCUCCAUGUUGCCCCUUGUUGCCCUCCAUGUUGCCCCUUGUUUCCCUCCAUGUUGCCCCCUGUUGCCCUCCAUGUUGCCCCUUCUUGCCCUCCAUGUUGCCCCUUGUUGCCCUCCAUGUUGCCCCCUGUUGCCCUCCACGUUGCCCCUUGUUGCCCUCCAUGUUGCCCCUUGUUGCCCUCCAUGUUGCCCCCUGUUGCCCUCCAUUUUGCCCCCCAUGUUGCCUCCUGUUGCCCUCCAUGUUGCCCUCCAUGUUGCCUCAUGUUGCCCCCUGUUGCCCUCCAUGUUGCCCCCUGUUGCCCCUUGUUGCCCUCCAUGUUGCCCCCUUGUUGCCCUCCAUGUUGCCCCCUGUUGCCCUCCAUGUUGCCCCUUGUUGCCCUCCAUGUUGCCCCCUGUUGCCCUCCAUGUUUCCCCCUGUUGCCCCUUGUUGCCCUCCAUGUUGCCCCCUGUUGCCCUCCAUGUUGCCUCAUGUUGCCCCCUGUUGCCCUCCAUGUUGCUCCCUGUUGCCCUCCAUGUUGCCUCAUGUUGCCCCCUGUUGCCCUCCAUGUUGCCCCCUGUUGCCCUCCAUGUUGCCCCCUGUUGCCCUCCCUGUGAGCGAGGGCAGACUCGGGUUGAGACAGAAACCACAAAGAGGACUAAAAACACAAAGUACCGCUGCGGUGUAUAUUGUUGGAUCCUGUAUUGUACUUGUACUUCCUGGUAUUGUACUUGUACUUCCUGGUAUUGUACUUGUACAUACUGGUAUUGGACUUGUACUUCCUGGUAUUGUACUUGUACUUCCUGGGAUUGUACUUGUACUUCCUGGUAUUGUACUUGUACAUACUGGUAUUGGACUUGUACUUCCUGGUAUUGUACUUGUACUUCCUGGUAUUGUACUUGUACUUCCUGGUAUUGUACUUGUGCAUACUGGUAUUGUACUUGUACUUCCUGGUAUUGUACUUGUACUUCCUGGUAUUGUACUUGUACAUACUGGUAUUGUACUUGUACAUACUGGUAUUGGACUUGUACUUCCUGGUAUUGUACUUGUACUUCCUGGUAUUGUACUUGUACUUCCUAGUAUUGUACUUGUACAUACUGGUAUUGGACUUGUACUUCCUGGUAUUGUACUUGUACUUCCUGGUAUUGUACUUGUACAUACUGGUAUUGUACUUGUACUUCCUGGUAUUGUACUUGUACAUACUGGUAUUGGACUUGUACUUCCUGGUAUUGUACUUGUACUUCCUGGUAUUGUACUUGUACAUACUGGUAUUGGACUUGUACUUCCUGGUAUUGUACUUGUACUUCCUGGUAUUGUACAUACUGGUAUUGUACUUGUACUUCCUGGUAUUGGACUUGUACUUCCUGGUAUUGUACUUGUACUACCUGGUAUUGUACUUGUACAUACUGGUAUUGUACUUGUACUUCCUGGUAUUGUACUUGUACUUCCUGGUAUUGUACUUGUACAUACUGGUAUUAUACUUGUACUUCCUGGUAUUGUACUUGUACAUACUGGUAUUGGACUUGUACUUCCUGGUAUUGUACUUGUACAUCCUGGUAUUGGACUUGUACUUCCUGGUAUUGUACUUGUACUUCCUGGUAUUGUACAUCCUGGUAUUGUACUUGUACUUCCUGGUAUUGUACUUGUACUUCCUGGUAUUGUACUUCCUGGUAUUGUACUGUGAUCUCUACAGUAGCUCUUUUAUAAGGACAAAAGACGACAGAUCAUUGUAGUAAUGCAUUUAUUUAUAUUAUUAUUAUUAACACUUAGUGUGUAGGAUGUGAGUUUAGAGCUGUGUUGAUGUAACUUCGUUACCCACAAUGCCCUUGUUCUGUGGAGAUGAUGGAAAGUGUUUUCUUGCCUUUAACUAAGUGAUGUUGUGACGCCCCCCCCCCCCCCCACACACACACCACGUCACUUCCUGUUUUAGGAGAAUCCAACCCGCCGCGGGGCUCCUCUUCAUCGGGAGUCAGGCCUCAUCAGUGGAACCUUGUUCUGGUUGUCAUGGUAACCUCUUGUAUUUAUUGGUGUUAUUAUUUCUCCUGCAUAUUUAAUUGCGUUGUCGGCUCCGGUGGAUCCUCUGUGUGUUCUAAACACAGCGUCAGCGUGUUCAGGAGCACUGGUGCUAGUUAAACAAGAGAAGAAGAGGAGGAGGAGUCAUGUGAUCGAGAGCAGCCAAUCAGAACUGGACGUUCUCUUUCUUUUCCCGCCUGCAUUUCAAGUAGUUUCUAGAGGGAAACAUUUGGUUUGGAACGACUAUAACCCUUUUUUUGUUUCAUGCAUAUAUAUGUAAUGCUUACUAUACACUUUUAUAAACUAUGUUUUGAUAAUUCAUUUCUUAACAGAAAACGUGUCCAUAUAUUAUAACCUUACUGCUGAGUACUGAAAAUAAAUAGCUGAAAAAACA